GACUGCCUGGUUACGGUCCUGGGAAAGAAAACCCCUGCAUUCCUCCCCUUUAAUUCAGUUUAUUGUUAAAGCGCUGGAGCAGCUAAUCCUCACAGACCUGUAGGAGCUGGAGUAGGAGCACCGGGAGCCCCAUUCCUUCCGAGUCUUCAGCAUCCCCGAAAGCUUCAACUCUGGAGGCGAUGGGUCGAAAGGAAGAAGACUCCAGUUCCUGGAAGAAACAGACCACCAACAUCCGGAAAACCUUCAUCUUCAUGGAAGUGCUGGGAUCAGGAGCUUUUUCAGAAGUUUUCCUCGUGAAGCAAAGGAUGACUGGGAAGCUCUUUGCCCUGAAGUGCAUCAAGAAGUCACCUGCCUUCCGGGACAGCAGCCUGGAGAAUGAGAUUGCUGUGUUGAAAAAGAUCAAGCAUGAAAACAUCGUGACCCUGGAGGACAUCUAUGAGAGCACCACUCACUACUACCUGGUCAUGCAGCUUGUUUCUGGCGGGGAACUCUUUGACCGGAUCCUGGAGCGGGGUGUCUACACAGAGAAGGAUGCCAGCCUGGUGAUCCAGCAGGUCUUGUCAGCAGUGAAAUACCUCCACGAGAAUGGCAUCGUCCACAGAGACUUGAAGCCUGAAAACCUGCUGUACCUAACCCCUGAAGAGAAUUCUAAGAUCAUGAUCACAGACUUUGGUCUGUCCAAGAUGGAACAGAGUGGAGUCAUGUCCACUGCCUGUGGGACCCCGGGCUAUGUGGCUCCGGAAGUGUUGGCACAGAAGCCCUACAGCAAGGCUGUGGAUUGCUGGUCUAUUGGCGUCAUCACUUACAUAUUGUUGUGUGGGUAUCCCCCCUUCUAUGAAGAAACUGAGUCUAAGCUUUUCGAGAAGAUCAAGGAAGGCUACUAUGAAUUUGAAUCUCCAUUCUGGGAUGACAUUUCUGAGUCAGCCAAGGAUUUUAUUUGCCACUUGCUGGAGAAGGACCCGAAUGAACGGUACACCUGUGAGAAGGCCUUGAGGCACCCCUGGAUCAAUGGAAACACAGCCCUCCACCGGGACAUCUACCCAUCAGUCAGUCUCCAGAUCCAGAAGAACUUUGCCAAGAGCAAGUGGAGGCAAGCCUUCAAUGCAGCAGCUGUGGUGCAUCACAUGAGGAAGCUGCACAUGAACUUGCACAGCCCAGGCAUCCACCCAGAGGUGGAGAACAGGCCUCCCGUCACUCAAGCCUCAGAAGCCUCCAGACCCAGCUCCUCUGAGCUCACCAUCACCGAGGCACCUGCCCUGGACCAGAGUGGCGCACUUCCUGCCCUGCCCCGGCUGCCCUGCCAGCACGGCCCCCGGACCGCUGCGCCCGGUGGCAGGUCCCUCAACUGCCUGGUCAAUGGCUCGCUCCGCAUCAGCAGCAGCCUGGUGCCCAUGCAGCAGGGGCCCCUGGCCGCUGGGCCCUGUGGCUGCUGUUCUAGUUGCCUGAGCAUCGGGAGUAAAGAGAGGUCCUCUUACUGCUCCGAACCCACACUCCUCAAAAAAGCUAACAGAAAACAGAACUACAAAUCAGAGGUCAUGGUGCCGGUUAAAGCCAGCGGCAGUUCCCACUGCCGGGCGGGGCAGACUGGAGUCUGUCUCAUCAUGUGAUCCCCGGAGUCCACACCUGUGUCAAUUUUCAGGGGAGUUGUCAUCUCUUCUCUACCCUUCCAAACCCGGCAUCCACCCUGCAGCGGGGAGGAAGGCGGAGCAAGCGGAGCAGGGCCUGGCAGGAGUGGUUUAGGGUCGGAAGCAGCACGCUGCCGCCCGGGGCAGACUCUCACGGAAGGCCCAGCAGUGAGCCCCGAGGCGCGGAGGCCUCGUUGAAGCCGUGGGCAGGAGGGCGGCAUCCACCCGUUUCCAGGUCUCCCUGACCUGCCUGCUC